AUUGGUCAAUGCAGGUCACGUGACUUAUCCAUCAUGGCCGCCUCCAUAACAAAGCUUCGUCUGCUCCAAUCCUCGCAAAAUCUGAAAAAUAUCUUAAACUAUAGACCGUUACCAAUUUUCCAGGAUGUACGGCACUGCUCUCGCUCUCCUGUUGUUGCUGAGGAGGAUGGUCAUGAACUGAAGGACCGCAGGCUUGACUUUGAUGCUGCAUCCUUGGCUGCCCGAGGGUAUCUCCGCAGCCAGAAAUCAUAUAACCCUCCGAAGGAUGUAGAGACUCAAGUCCUUCAGUUGUGCGAGAAGACCUUGAAUAGCACAGAACCGAAGACCACUUUUGGAGAUGCAGCUACCAAGUACAAAUUGCUGAGUGAAUGUUCAAAAAAGCUGAAACACAAGGUCCCAAACUCCAUCAUGCACAAAAUUAAUAAUAUUGAGGAACUAAUGAUGUUUUAUAAGACACCCAUUGAUGUAACUGUGCCACUGGACAUGAUGAAGAACAUGGAUCUACCCAAAAACCUUCAUGUCAUCUACAACUACACUAGAUUCCAUCCGG